AUGCUCCACAUCUUCCAAGGGGGAUUCUGCAUUUCCGAUGAGAUGGAUUCGUGCAUUUGGCCCUCCAUCCCUUCAGUUACGCUAGGGAUUCAAUAUGGGUUCUAUGGAAAUUGCCAUUUAGUACUUGGACCCAACUCAUCACGCUUAGUGGAGACGAGUUCGGUCUUCGUAGAGCAAAUUCAGGCGACGGGAGAUAAGAAAAGAGGGUUCGAGCUAUAUGGGUUCGUGGAGAAGCCGGAGCUGAGCUUGGAAACCAACUGGACCGGGUCGAAGUAUUUGUUUGUUGAGUCAUAUGGACGUCAGGGGUUUUCCUUGUGGUUGAACAAGGGAUCGACGAUUCGGGUUACUUGGAAAGUUCAACCUACCAUAUUUGACAAUAUUCUUGUGGUUUUAACUAAAGGGGAGAAGAAUUUCCAGGGAUUACUCAAACAUUCAGAAGGCUAUGAUGCACUUGGAUUGAAGAACCCAAGAAAAGGUGAUGGAGAAGUAGAAUACACUGUUGAAGACGACGAUAGCUACUACAUUGGUGCUGCAAACCUCAAUCCACAGACCGUUGUGGUCACGAUGAUGGUUGAAGUGUCGUCGAAGAUCUAUGAUACAACUAAAGCAAAACGUGUUUGUUCAACGAAGAAUGGAUUUUGUAGGAUUACACUUCCCUUCCCGAACACUCAAUAUGUGGUCUUAGCCACACCCGACGAUGCGGAUGCCGCUGCUUGGUACGUUGAGCUUUCCUUUGUGGCUCGUUUGGCGACCUAUGUGGCCAUUCUAGGUUUCGUUGUGGUUAUAAUCUCACUCGUAUUGAAGUAUCUUGGAGCAUGUGAUGUGGAUGAGAGAAUAGAAGAAGAGGCUACAAAUGAAAUAGAGACUGGGAAUGAGACAGAUCCUCUAAUACCCAAGAAGGAAUUUACAUGCUUAUAUGGAGCGAUUGAAGAAGAUGAGGAAUCAAGCUUGAGUAGCUCUUCAAAGGACUUGUAUGAUGGGAAGAUAUGUGUGAUUUGCUAUGACGAAGGGCGCAACUGCUUCUUUGUGCCAUGUGGUCAUUGUGCCACUUGCUACACUUGUGCCCAAAGGAUUGUGGAAGGAGAAAACAAAGCAUGCCCAAUUUGCAGAAGGUUAAUUCAUAAAGUAAGAAGAUUGCUUAGCCCUCCAGACAGAGACAGAGAUCCCAAAGCAUAAGAGCUUUUCUCUUUUUCUUCUUUUUCUUCAAACCAAUAGAUGGGCCACAAAGCUGAUUAGAGAUCCUAACCAUCUAUAAACAUGGGUUGAUGAAAUAUAGGCCAUUGUUUCAAACUCAACUUCAUAAUGGAAGGUGAGAAUCUCUUGUUCC